CCAGGGAUUUGCAGGUCCAGCCCCUUGAGCGGUCUCGGAUUUAGGAUUAACUCGCCUGUUGAGAGAUGGUCUUGUCUGAACUGUUUAAAGACACUUAAAGCAGUUUUCCCCCCCCCCCCCAGUGGUGAAGGACACUCUGACCAAUGGAACCCCGGAUUCCCCACAACAUAACUGUGGUCCCAAACUCCGUCAUGGUACAGCCGUUACUGGACAGUCGCAUUCCCUAUGGGAGGCUGCAGCAUCCGCUCACCAUCCUGCCUAUUGACCAGAUGAAGACUACUCACAUUGAGAAUGACUACACCGACAAUCCCAGCCUCGCCCAGCUGGCAGCACAGAAGCGCCCCCGAGGCCACCAUGAACCCGCGCUGAUCAGCCAGCACCUGCAGAGAUGUGAGCAGGAUGUCACCCACCCCUGGAUCUCUUUCAGUGGGCGGCCCAGCUCCAUCAGCAGCAGCAGCAGCACGUCUUCUGACCAAAGGCUCUUGGAUCACAUGGUGCCGGCCCCCGUGGUGGAUCAGUCCUCCCCGAGAGCAGUCCGGAUACAGCCCAAGAUGAUUAAUUGCAAACCCAUGGAUCUGAAGGGACCCAUGUCUCAGGAGCUUGACAAGCACUUUUUACUGUGUGAAGCCUGUGGGAAAUGCAAGUGCAAGGAGUGUGCCCUGCCGAGGACUUUGCCUUCUUGCUGGGUAUGCAACCAGGAGUGUCUCUGCUCCGCACAGAACCUGGUCAAUUACUCCACGUGCAUGUGUCUGGUGAAGGGAGUCUUCUACCACUGCACUAACGAGGAUGACGAGGGUUCCUGUGCAGACCACCCCUGCUCCUGUUCCCAAUCGAACUGCUGUGCCCGCUGGUCUUUCAUGGGUGCCCUCUCUCUGGUCUUGCCUUGCUUGCUGUGCUACCUGCCAGCCACUGGCUGCGUGAAACUAUCCCAGAGAUGCUAUGACCAAGUGAGCCGGCCCGGAUGUAGAUGUAAAAACACAAACAGUGUCAUCUGCAAGGUGGCGCUGGAUGGCAAAGCAAGCAGGCCAGAAAAGCCUUUCUGAC